UUUGUUGAUAUAUUUGCUCUCUAUUUAUAUAGGAGAUACCCAAAAAUAUUAAUUAAUUAAAUUGAUAAAGUUAAAAUGGAAGACUAGCCAAAUGAAGAAGAUAAAGAAAACUAAGAAAUAUAAUUUGGAUAAUAAUCCUAGCAGCCAGUUUUAACUGAUAAGGUUCGCUCUUUGAGCUAAGGAAAUAUAUAUGAUAAAAAUUAAAAGUCGAAUUAAGAAAAUAUUACAAUUUUGUCUUAAAGUAAUAUUUUUGAGAGAGAUGAAGAGGAAGAAAUAAAGCAAAAUAUUUUCUACCAUGAAAAUCAAGAUGACACUAUUUUCAAAAAGAAAUGGGCAUUUAAUUAGCUUUAAAAAAUGGGAUUUGAUGAAAAUAAUAUUAUAUUUUGCCUCGAACGAACAGAAAACAUUUAAAAUUUAUCUAAAUUUGAAAUACUAGAAAUUGCAGCCAAUAAUAUUCCAGAUGAAAUGUAAAUCUUUGAAAUAAAUGAAAAUAUGUAAGAUAUAAGAAACAUUAUAGACAAAGCAAAGGAAAUAUAUUAAUUUGGAAUGGAUAAGUUAGUAGAAUGGUAUCAUAAAAGCAAUUAGCAUUAUAUAUAUUCAUAAAAUGAUUUAAGUAGCAGUAAUAAAAGAGUUUAAAAGUUUAAAGAUAGGCGAACAUAAUCAUCAUGUCUCCAUAAUCAUAACUACGAAAAUGACUAAUCAAUAGUAAAAAUUAACUUAAAUAAAGAUUUAUUUGGAUCUUCUCUCAUUGUAUCAAGCGAAAAUACAUAGCAGCAAGUACUCGAAUGUGCAAUUUGUUGUUAAGAAUAUACAAUUUCUAAAAAAAGACCUCUACUAAACUGUGAUCACUAAUUCUGCUCAGAUUGCCUUAAAUAAUAUAUUUUAAAUAAAAUCAAUUGUUGUUAAGUUCUUCAUAUUUUAUGCCCUUAAGAAGGAUGUGAUUAAGAAUAUAAUGAAAAAUAAAUUGGUGAAAUUCUAAAUGAUGACUAUUAAAAAGAGAGAUAUAUAAAGUUUAAGCAAAGAUAGUAGCUACAGCUUGAUCCUGACAUUAGAUGGUGUAUUAGACCAGGAUGUAAUAAUGCCAUUAAGGGAUAAAAAAAUGAUCCAAAGUUAAAAUGUAGUGAGUGUAAUAUGAUGAUAUGCUACUUUUGUACUAAUCAGUGGCAUGAAGGAUAAACAUGUGAACAAGCUAUUGAUUAAGAGUAUAAUUAAAUGGCUAAAAAUUUUAAAGUUAAAUAUUGCCCUUAAUGCAAAACAAAGAUCCAGAAGAAUGAUGGCUGUAAUCACAUGACAUGCACAAGAUGCAAUUAUGAAUUUUGCUGGCUAUGCACCAAAUAAUAUAGAGCGGGUCAUUACUCUAGCUUAAAUUUUAGAGGAUGCCCCGGCUUGAUGUAUUCUCAUAGGAUUCCCCCUUGCUUCAAGUUAUUAGUUUUCAUGAAAAUAUUUUUUAAAUACUUUGGGUUUUUGUUAUUAGGAGGCAUUACUUUAGCCCUUUUACCUCUAAUUUUGGUAUUGUUGAGUAUAUCUGUUCCUAAUAUAAUCUACUUUAUGAUCAAAAAGGAUUACUAUUUAUAUACUAACUGUUGUUCUGAAAUAUUUAAAGUUUUUAUACUAAUUAUUAUUGGAUUAUGCACUUUCCCUAUAAAUUUCGUCAUGGCUAUUUUUCCAGGCUCGGUAGUACUUAUCGUGCUUUGCAUAACAGGGUGA